AUGGCGACAAAUUCACAUUACAAUUUCACUACUAGUCCGUCCUCUGCUUUUGGUAAAGGCGACGACGACCGCGAUGUCAAUGGUAGUGAGCCUCCCGUAACACCUACCAGAAGUCACAAGCUAUCUGGGAAUACAAAAUCUCCUCUUACCCCUUCGACCUCCUAUUCCCAAUCCGAGUCGACCAAUAGUCCCACGCCCAAUAUCUUUAGCCCCAAUAUCAAUGGCUUUGGAUUGAGUAUUGGACCUUUGCCUCCAACCCCCGGACCUACUCCAAAAACUACUUCCACAAAUACUCGUAUACCGAGUAACGAUAAUAGUUCGCCUACACCUGCUCCUCUUUUGAGUUCCUCGCAGAAUAGUCCUGCUCCACCUCCGGCUUUUGAUUUAUUGUCGAUCACAACGCAUGCAUCACGUAGUGGUAAUGUGACCUCGGUUCCGGAUUCAGCCAUCUUUUCUACCCCUAACUCUGUACCCAAUGUCACCCCUUCGUCAACCCCAGCCGCUGUUCAAUCCCCUCUCCUCCGCGACCGCUACGACUUGAACUAUGACCGCACCACAUCCUAUCCCCCUCACCUCAAUAGUCUUUCGGAAUUCAUCCGUACACAUUAUCAAACCCUCGAAUUCUACCGAAAAUGGACUUCACACUUCAUUUCCCAGCUGUCUGGUGUUCCUAACCUUCGCAACACCAUGACCAUCGCCCCCGCCAUAUUCAACGGCACCACGACAGCCUCCACUACUAGUACCACUACUUCCGAUCCGCAUUUCCUCCCUCCGCGCGCCGAUCACGCGAAUGAAUUCGAAAUUUUGAUAUGUAAGAAAACUCUAUUGAAAGGAUGGGAAAUUGAAGUUGCUAGGGCAGAAAUGAACGCACUUGCCGAUGUCUUACUUAAUCGUCCUCUACGUCACCCAUGGUCGAGCGAAGACGAUAAAUUACUUUACCGCGUGCACACCUCAGAAUCCAAAUCGCCCUAUUCUACCACAAUGGGCAUUAGAUGUUCAGAUUGGAGAUCAAGUUUGAUUAACGAUACACCAAGCGAAAGACAACGCGACGGGCGAGCUUUCCAAGCGCAUUGUAAUUCAACUGAAGAUCCAAGUCCCUAUAUCUCUGUUCACACAUCGGUUGCGCGUCUUGUUAAAUUUCUUCGAAGUUCUCAUUAUGACAUCCUUCCAAAUUCGGUAGUUUUUGUCAUCUCGCUAAAUAGGUUGAAGCAGCUGGGUAUAAAAGCUACCUGCACGGAUGAGAUUCUCGAUUCUUUCAGACCGCGAUAUCGGAAAAAUGGACGUAAGGGAUUUGAGGAUGGGGUGAGUUAUGUGACGGAUAGUCAUUGGUUGGUGGAACAAUGGGUGCCGCAUCAGGCGAUUGUGUCGAAGAUGGAGUGUAGCGUUUUCUUGGAUAUAGCGGAGAGUGAGGGGAUUUCUAGCCAUGUCAGUGCGAAAAAUUAUAAGUUGGAUCCGAAUUUGGAGGCUAGGAAGAUUGAACUUGGGAAGUGGUCAGUCGGAAUGAGUAUACCCGCAGAUGGGAACGUUGCGCUAGAACAGUUGGCAACGCGGAUGACUAAGAUGACUGUGGAUUAG